AAUCAAUUUCAAGACCUCAAGUUGCAAAAGCCAACUAGCUGGAUAGUUUUGUUUCUUACUCUAAUUUUCUUAAGUCGCUCACAUGCUAUUUUAUCUCUCGGUAUAUGUAAUUAGUAAUAACUUGUUCUAUAUAAACCAUGUCCUAUAUCUCUCCUUCACAUUCAUCCCAAAACAUUACAAAACGUUACAAUGGCUUCUAAGGCUCUUGCAGUUACAGCUCUUCUUAUUACACUUAAUCUUCUUUUCUUCACCUUUGUAACCUCCACAAAAUGUCCACCAACUACUCCUAAACCCCCAAAAACCCCGAAAUCGCCUAAGAAGGCUCCUGCCGUGAAACCCACUUGUCCUACCGACACACUUAAGCUUGGUGUUUGCGCAGACUUAUUGGGCCUAGUUAACGUUGUUGUUGGUUCUCCACCAAAGACUCCUUGUUGUACACUUCUUCAAGGUCUUGCUAAUCUUGAAGCUGCGGUUUGUCUCUGCACCGCUCUUAAAGCCAAUGUCUUGGGGAUUAAUCUCAAUGUUCCUAUUGAUCUAACCUUGCUGUUGAACUAUUGUGGCAAGAAAGUUCCUCAUGGUUUCCAAUGUUCUUGAAGAUUUGAGACUUUAAAAGAGAAAAAUCUCUUUGGUUUGCUAUGUUUUUAUAUGUUUGUUUCUACUGUUAUCUAUUGUUUUUGUGAGAAAAAGCUUUGUUCUGUCACUGUUGAGUUUGAUGUAAUGCUUGAGCUUGUUCAUGAUAGAACCUUUGUUCUCUCAAUAUUGAGUUUGAUGUAAUGCUUGAGCUUGUUAAUGGAUUUUAUGUUCUUAGUAUUUCUCCUCUCGUCCAUAAAUGACAUUCAAUCAUAACGCUCUUCUAUUCGUGCUCAUGCUUCAACGCCUCUAUUUGGUUUAGAGGGUCUCUACGUGGUCUCUUAUUGGUUAAUUAUUAUCCAACCCAACAUAGGCCCAUAUGGACCUAUAAGUCCAGAAC